UCUUUUUAACAGAAUUGUCUUGUGGACAGAUUUUCCUUGACAAACACUAUAACAUGGCUUUAAGUGUAAAUUUUAUGUAAUAUAGGACCAUAAUAUAGAACCAUAAUAUGGACCAUUCUGGAGCACAAACUGUCGCCCACUGGAGCUGAAUGUUUCACACAUUGAACCUGGAGAUGUGUCCGAAAUCUGAUGACUUGUGACUUUUUCUGCACAAAUAAUUGGAUAAAUGGAGCAGCGAAUGUCAUCAGGAGGAGUUUGAUGUCCAAAGAGCCCCGCUUUUCUGCAGCCCUCUGUCGCUGACAAUUCAUGUUUGGGCGCCUCUCCACUGUCUCAAAUGAAGCAUAAUGCCUUCCAAAGUAUCAUGCUUGUACCUGCUGACAGUGGUGUGCUGGGCCAGUGUACUGUGGUACUUCAGUAUCUCUCGGCCUACAUCCUCCUAUGAAGUACACAUGUCCAUACCCAUACGCAAGACUGUCAAAACUCCCAAAAACUUCACUGUCACCAAUAUCCGCUCACACCCUCUCAACCCGCACUCCUUUGAGUUUGUCAUCAAUGAGCCCAAGAAGUGUGAGAGCGUGAGCCCCUUCCUGGUCAUCCUCAUCAGCACUGCCCAUAAAGCGUUUGAUGCGCGUCGGGCCAUCAGGGAGACCUGGGGCAAUGAGAGCAUCUAUGGAGACAUCCACAUCCUCACCAUCUUCCUCCUGGGCCAGAACACUGACAAUGUGCUCAACCAGAUGGUGGAGCAGGAGAGCCAGAUCUUCCAUGACAUAGUGGUGGAGAACUUCAUCGACUCAUACCACAACCUGACUCUGAAGACCAUCAUGGGCAUGCGGUGGGUGACCACCUUCUGCCCAAAGGCCCAGUAUGUGAUGAAAACAGACAGUGACAUCUUUGUGAAUAUGGACAAUCUCAUCCACAAACUGCUCAAGCCCAACACUAAGCCCCGCAGGAGGUACUUCACAGGCCAUGUGAUACACGGGGUUCCCUUCCGGGACGUGCACAGUAAGUGGUACAUGCCCUGGGACCUGUACCCACACCAUCGGUACCCAGACUUCUGCUCGGGCACUGGGUAUGUAUUCUCUGCAGAUAUGGCUGAGCUCAUCUAUAAGACCUCCCUCCACAUCAGACUGCUGCACCUGGAGGACGUGUACGUGGGCCUGUGUCUGCGCAAACUCAAUAUCCGUCCGCUUCAUAACAAUGCCUUCAGACCCAUGAAGAUGGCCUACAGCCUGUGUGAAUUCCUCAAUGUCAUCACCGCGCACCAGAUCUCCCCAAAGGAGAUGCACCAUAUCUGGAACGACAUGUCCAACAAGACGCACCUGCACUGCUAAGACUGGUGCCCCUUUGCUUUUUGUUUAGUCACUGAACACUGUACAGAGGGCUGCUUCUGUGUCUCCAGGACACAGGUGUUGUCCAUGUUCAUUCUCUGUUAAAUGUGAUGCUUUAUGAUUGUUAAAACACGUGAGGGUAUGCAAACCACAUGGUGUUGUCAUGCCAAUCCUGCCUUCUGAUUUGUGUUGCCUUUUGAAGUGCCCUUGAGCCAGACACCAAACCCACAGCUCUGCAGUUGCUGAUUCCAUCAACUUCCCGUGUGUAUAAACAAUAAAGAGUACUCUAUGUAUACAUGAACGUUUGAUUUACAUUGUCAAGAACACAGUAUGAGGCUAUUGAUGUAGGAAUUUUAAGUUCACCCCAGCAAGAUUUUAUGGAGUGCUUUACACUAGCUCUAUUUAGUUCACAAACAACUAGCCAAAAGCACGAAAUAAGUAGUGUCUCAUCUGGACAGCCUAUGACCUGUGCAUCUGAUGAAAGCUCUUCUUUAAGAAUGAUACUUUUAGCUCGUGCAGUAUAACUUGUAAUAUCAAGGCCAGCAAGAGACAACAGAGAGAUAGUAAUGGCUGACUUGGAUCAAUGGAUAAAUUAUUAAUUGUAAGAUUAUGUACCCCACAAAUAGAGACACACCAGUAUCAUGUGUCUGGUUCAAUCCAGAAAAAUAAAAUCUGUUGAAUGUCUGUUCAAUUUCAUCAGUUUCGACAUGUAAAACAAUUAAGUUAUUUAUUUUAGGGAUAUUCACUGUCCUUUGUUGAAAGCAUCACAUCAUGUUAGUAAUUUAUGUUAAUACAGUUCCACUGCAGAGUAAAACAAUAGCACAUGAGAAUCAUUUCGAUGAUCUCUUCACUUUUUUAUAUAGAAUGUCUCUGUGCUGAUCAUUUGGUAUCAGAUAUUUUUACCAAUCAAAAUACCACAACUUCUCUAUCAUUGUUACCUGGUCCCGAAGGGCUGACCAGGUUUUGUAUUCACCCUGUGUGUCUGUCCACCCGUGAUAAUUCCACCAUUUAUAGACUGAUUGUCACCAAAUUUGGUACGUAGGUCAAGCCCCUGUGCCCGAUGCCGCAAAAAAAAGUUUAGUAACAAUCUGAGGUCAUUUGAGGUCACUCGGGUCAACUGAAAAGUCACGUCAUUAUAAAGGAUAUGAAUUUCAGCAAUUUCAACAAUUUCUGAACCAUCUGCGGGCUAAAAUAUUUUUAAAAAAUUAAAUAUUCAGGUUGCUAUCUCUGAUUGCGCUUGUUACUUUCUUGCAUUCAACCUCCUGCCAUCAGUGAGAAAAAGCUUCAGUUUGAUGACAGGAGCUGCAUCAUGAAUAUGCCUGUGUUUUUACAUAUCAUUAAAUGCCUUUUUUCUGUUUGCACUGGGAAACGUUUUAUUUUUGUCUCCUUACUGCAGCUGCAGUAAGGUUUAGGACAUCAUGUCUCACUAUGUCUGUCCAUAAUAUUAAAUAUACCUGGAUGUAUCCUCUCUUGUUUCUGGCAUAAGCGCUACUGACUGCAUGGUGGACAUUUGAGUUAUUCACAAAUGUGGCAGUAUUUAUUCUUUUGUUACAUGGAUUUUGUAGUUUUGUAGCUUGGUUUACAUUAUUUGAACGGUGUCAGUGCUGUGAUAAUACAUUUCUAACAUGGAUUUCAGGAGGCUUUUUUCAUACAUUGUCACUAGCUACUUUCUUAGGCACAGAAAAAUUAACAAGGCACCACUAACAUUUUUAAUACUGUCCACGGCAGCAAAUUGGGUGGCAACCCUUAUUCCGACAUACCGUCACUCCGACAGACCCCCACUCCGACAUACCGCCAUUCCGACACUUUUGGAUGCCGCCAUUCAGACACUUUGAUGCCGCCAUUCUGAUACCGAUGAACCAUGACUAAACCAGGACUAAUCUUGGACUUGAGAGAGAGAGAGAGAGAGAGAGAGAGAGAAAGAAAACCGUGAGCCCGUACAGCAGGGUAUCCGCUAUGUCAAGCCAAACUGUUCACAUUUAUGCCUGUUUUUAAUGCAUUAAAACCUUAUUUGAUGUGAAUUAUAAGCUUAUUUGAUGCAUCUAAUUGUUAUUGGGCGUGCUCUGUGCCAUUAGAGCGCGCAACCAAAGGGAAAAAAAAAUGUCGGAAUGCAGGGACGUUUCAUAAAAAAUGGAAAUGCCACUACUCCGACAAUAACACGUCAAUGUCGGAGUGAUGGUAUGUCAGAAUGGCAAUGUGUAACCCAAAAAAUUAUACACAGUAGCUUCCGGGUCUCAA